GAAAUAGAUUUUCAAAUUUCCGUCAUUUUUAGUCGAGUUAAUUUCGAGUUUCGACUUUCCAUUACGCCAUUGUGGGCUUUGUUUGUUUUUUUCAGGUAAUUUUUGAAUUAGUUUAUCAUCUGAAACAGUGAAACUACCAGUCUCCCCUCCACUCCAACGGUCGAUUAACCUACUUUCAAAUUUGAAAUUCUCUAUUCUCUUCCCCCUCUUUUCUUCCUCUCCAACAAUGGCGACUCCAAUUACACCCACAAAAAACGCAUCCAAACCAUCAUCAUCAUCAACAACAAUACCUUUCCAAUCCUCCAAAAGACAACACCAGCAAAUCUCUCAAAGCCCUAAUUAUACCUCUUCAAUGUCAUCAAAUAAGGAGUUUAAAUCCAGAUUUGAAGCCUACAACCGCUUACAAGCUGCUGCAGUUGCUUUCGGGGAAAAUCUACCAAUACCUGAGAUCGUUGCCAUUGGUGGACAAUCUGAUGGAAAAAGUUCUCUUCUCGAAGCCCUUCUAGGGUUUCGAUUUAAUGUACGGGAAGUAGAAAUGGGUACUCGGAGACCUUUGAUUCUUCAAAUGGUUCAUGAUUCUUCCGCUUUAGAGCCUCAAUGCCGUUUUCAGGAUGAGGAUACCGAAGAAUAUGGGAGCCCCAUUUCAUUGGCAUCUACCAUCGCAGAUACGAUUAAAUCACGUACUAAGUCGCUUCUGAAAAAGACCAAUACAGCAGUUUCUUCCAAGCCUAUAGUUAUGAGAGUUGAAUAUGCUUACUGUCCAAAUUUGACUAUAAUCGAUACCCCAGGCUUUGUUCUAAAGGCUAAAAUGGGAGAGCCAGACAAUACACCUGACGAAAUUUUAUCAAUGGUCAAGUCACUGGCAAGUCCACCCCAUCGAAUUCUCUUGUUCCUUCAGCAAAGUAGUGUUGAAUGGUGCUCAUCGUUGUGGCUUGAUGCGAUUCGUGACAUCGAUCCAACUUUCAGACGAACAAUAAUUGUUGUCUCAAAGUUUGAUAAUCGGCUCAAGGAAUUCAGUGAUCGCUGGGAGGUUGAUCGGUACUUAAGUGCAAGUGGUUACUUGGGAGACAAUAUAAGGCCCUUUUAUGUUGCCCUUCCCAAGGACAGAAACACAAUUUCUAAUGAUGAGUUUCGGCGUCAGAUAUCUCAAGUUGACUCUGAAGUUUUGCGCCAUCUUCGUGAAGGAGUUAAUGGAGGUUUUGAUGAAGAAAAGUUUCGCCCCUUUAUUGGAUUUCGUUCUGUUAGGGAAUUCUUAGAGUCUGAACUUCAGAAACGAUACAAGGAGGCUGCCCCAGCAACACUAGCAUUGCUUGAACAGCGUUGCUGUGAAGUUGCUUCCGAGCUGGCUAAAGUGGAAUCAAUGAUACAAGCAACUUCUGAUGUUGCCCUUCUCAGAAGAUCUGCAAUGUUACACACUGCUUCUAUAAGCAGUCACGUGGGAUCAUUAAUUGAUGGAGCAGCUGAUCCACCCCCUGAGCAAUGGGGUAAAACAACUGAGGAGGAACGAUUGCACAGUGGUAUUGGUGGUUGGCCUGGUGUUACUUCAGACAUUAAACCUGCAAAUUCUACCUUGCGGCUCUACGGAGGAGCUGCUUUUGAAAGAGUCCUGCAUGAAUUUCAAUGUGCUGCAUAUUCCAUUGAUUGUCCUCAAGUAUCCAGGGAAAAGGUGGCCAAUAUUUUGCUUGCCCAUGCUGGUCGUGGAGGAAAUAGAGGUACAACAGAGGCAGCUGCUGAGAUUGCUCGUACUGCUGCCAGAUCAUGGCUCGCGCCCCUGCUUGACACUGCCUGUGAUCGACUUGCAUUUGUUUUGGUGAAUCUUUUUGACCUUGCAAAUGAGCGAAAUCACUGCCACAAUUCGGACUAUGGGAAGAACACAGGAGGCAUGGAUGGUUAUGUUGGCUUCCAUGCUGCUUUGCGGCACUCAUUCAAUAUGUUCAUCAAAGAUCUUGCAAAACAGUGCAAACAGCUAGUGCGGCUUCACCUUGAUUCAGUGACAAGUCCAUAUUCUCUCGCCUGCUAUGAAAGUCAUGUCCAUGGAGGCUUUCGUAAUUCACACAGACAAGUUUCUCCAGCAUCACUUUUUCCUGAUCUUUCUGACAGUGCUAAAGCUUUCCAAGAUGAAGCGGUAGCUAAUCAAGAGAAUAUUCCUCCAGAAAACAAUGAACAGGAAACUACACCAGGCAAGGUUCCAGAUGGCAGAGAGGUUCUUCGAGAAAGCCAGAUGACAGUGCCUGAGACCCCAUCACCCGAUCAGCCAGGCGACUUAGUUUAUGGUUUAUUAAAGAAAGAGAAAGGAAAUUUAAUUGAAGUUGGAGCAAGGAAACGGCACCCUAGAAUAUCAGCCAACAGAAUACAUAAUGGCACUAGUCUCUAUGGAAGUUGGGAUACUGGUUCAAGAUCAAGUUCUGCUUAUGCUGACAUUUGCUCAUCUGCUUCUCUGCACUUUGCUCGUAUACGUGAAAUUCUGGUCGAGAAAAGUGUGACAACAGCACUAAAUUCCGGGUUUUUGACUCCUUGUCGAGAAAAGCUAAUGGUAUCACUCGUGAUGGAUCUAUUAGCUGUAAACGAUGAAAAAUUCAUGGAUAUGUUUGUUGCACCCGGUGCAAUUGAUAUCCUGCAAAAUGAAAGACAGUCCUUACAAAAGCGGCAAAACAGUCUCCAAUCUUGCUUGGAUGAGUUCAAGAGUGUUGCUAUGACACUCUGAUUCAGCUUUAACUUCAGGUCCGUUUUCUGUUGCUGCUGCUAGGAUACUGCAAUGCUUGUCGUUCUGUUAUUAUUUGUCAAAUUUGGUUCGAUGCCACUGCUUUGUGCCUGUCAAGUGUCGAGUGUGUUCCAAUGUACCUAGGUGAACAAACAGCCAGCAAGAAGUCAGUUCUCUCUUGUAUAGUAGUAGAUGAAAACGUUCUUAUGUAGGCUAAUAUUAUGAUUGUAAUUACUGAUUACUUAUUUGUUUGACGAGUGAUUAGCAUUUUAAGAUCAAGUGUUCGGCGGCUAUGACACUUCUUUACAUCAUGAAUAUAAGAUUUCAUCAUUAUUUUCUUACAAAUGUGAUUCUAUUUUUCUAAUAUU